AGUUGAACGAGUGCCUCAACCCUCAACAAUCUUGUCUGAUCUCUUUCCCUUUUCUCUCCUCCUCGUAUUACUAUUCCUCUUUCUCACUUCUGGCCUCUGCCUCUGCCUCUACCUUUCUGCCUCUCACACUCUCUCACUCACAUCAUCCUCCCAUCAUCCAUCAUCCCCCUUCCCCAUCCCAGUUUCUCCUCCUUGUCGAUCUUUUCUUCGUGUCCUCUUUUUUCCCUCACCUGAAUCUUCUUCUUUAUCCCUCCCCUACCCACCUUUUUCUCUUCCCCUCCUAUAAUCCAAGGUUCUCUGGCGUCCCUUCGUCAACGGUCGGCUCCCUACAACACGUCUUGAAGUUGCCUUUUGCCUAGGGGUCAGCAAUCCUCGACUCUUCGCUCCUCGUCCUCCGCCCGCCGACCUCACGCUGGCCUAAUCCAGUCGCCGCCACUCGUCUAUAGCAGUAUAUCUGUUCCGUCACUCCUUUUCGGUGCGCUUGGCUCUCCGGACGACGUGUUUUCAACCCAGUCGCGCCGACCUUUUCGACAACACGUGACCAUCUCAGUGGACACGCGACACCUUAUUUGGGCUCACACUCUCGCAACGGCCGUACAGAUCCCAUGAGUUAGACCUCUUGUUCGAUAAUCCACCUCGAUUUCAGCUGUUUUUAAAUCCACCCCAAUGACCUCGAUGCCUUUCAACGUCACCGAGGCCGCUGAGGCGGCUCAGCCCGAUAUGGGUGGCGCCCAGUUCGCCUCCCAUACCUGGAUGGAACCAAUUAUCGUCGUCAGCAUCAUGACUGCUUCACUUUACUUUAAUCGGAAACACAACUUUCGCAUAUUUCGCUCACGUCGAGGCCGCUCUCCCACGCGCUCUCUGCUCCCCCACAACAACUCCCAGGGCUCCUCACCCGAUGGCUUCACCGACUCUGACUCCCUCAACUCCGACUCGGAUGUCUUCACCUCGUCCAAACACCCCCCCAAGAAGCGAAACUGCUGCGGUGUCAUCGUCCGCACGCCCAAUUCGUCCAGGUUCGCCGACAACUGGCACUCUCGGGUUUUGGCCAAGUUUCCUUUCUUGAUCGAAAUGUUCUACUGGGUGCUGAACUUGCUAUUCUACACCCUCACCAAGGCUGUGGCCCAAGUUCUCUUUUCCGCCGACGAUGGUCUGUGGCAGCUGGCCCAAGAUCAUGGCAUUCUUGUCCUCGACAUUGAGCAUAAAUCCUGGCUGAGCUUCCUGUUCCCUAUCAAGGAGAAUGACUUCCAAGCUUGGUUCUUGAACGGUCAUCUGACCGCCAUGACGUUUUUAAACCGCAUUUAUUCGCUGGUGCAUAUUCCGGGGACUGUUGCCUUUCUCUCGUGGUAUUACUACGCGGCACCCACACACUCGGCCUUCGCCACCGUGCGCCGGACGAUGACACUGGGUAACUUUGCCGCUUUCACGAUAUUCACCUUUUUCCCGUGCAUGCCGCCCCGUCUGUUGCCCAAGGAAUUCGGCUUCCACGAUACAGUCCGUCAAGCAAACGCCGAGUCGGUCUGGGUUGGCGGCAACUAUGUCAAUCAGCUGGCCGCCAUGCCUUCUUUGCAUUUCACCUACGCCUUCUGUGUCGGCAGUACAUUCCUCUACCACUCUGGCGUGUUCCGCCGCGCCCAGCGGAGCGAACCACGCAAGCCAUUUUACGCCCAGAUCUUCUUUCUUGUCGCCGGCAUCUGCUAUCCUUUGUUGGUCCUGUCCGUUAUUGUCGCCACCGCGAAUCACUAUUGGUUGGAUGCCGUGGUUGCCAUGUGUACGACUACUCUGAGCUUCUGUUGCAAUAGAAUUUGGAUGUUCUUGCUGCCGGCCGAGGAUAUACUUUGCUGGGUGUUGAGAGUGGAUAAACCAACGCCCACAACGGGGGAUAGACUGAAGAGGAGAAAUAACGAAUAUCAGGCUGUAAAAAAUGACGACGAGCCCUGAGGAGGUUGGAAAGUACCGGCUUGGUUUUGUUUUGGGAAUCUCAAAAAAAAGCAGAGAUCUGAUUUCUAUGCGAUGGUGUAACAACCAGAAUAUUUAGGAAGAUUGGGUGUUUACUGUUGGAUACGGUGGAAGGAUAUGGAGAAAAAAGUCGAAGUCUCGGAAAGAGGAGGGAGGGAAGAAAGGCCAAGCGCCAUGUCGGGAAUUGUGCAGGGAGCGGUUUUGGGUACACUGGGUAUGUCGAAGCGAGUGCGCAUCAACCUAUGCCACUACACCGAUGCGACGAUACAGCAUACACGCCUUGGCUGUGCCAGCCUUUCGACACGUCCACUCAGCUGAAGAGCGCCGUUGACACCGGCCGCGAUUCUUCAAUUGCCGCGAACAGUUCAAUAAUGUUCGAUACGAUGAGUGGAAUCUAUGGAACGCUUGGGAUUCGGGAUGGGAUCAGAGCCGCAAGCUCGGCGCCAUUAAGAUUCUCUUCUUUUCGAACGUGCCUUUACGGCACUGCGGCGUCUCGACUGCGUGUUCUUCCACGGAUUGGAAGCAUUUAUUGAGGUGGGCAUAGAACGGCGUCAAGGGGUGGUGAAGAACAGUCUUCCCCCCCGGGAUCUGGAUAUAUUGGAUAUUGGAAUCUAUCAAGGUUAUGAUGGUGCAAAUUUGAUGAUCUCGCUCUGCUUGCUCUUCGGAAGGGGCAUCACUCUCUUAAGCUAUCUGUCUUGCGCUUGGGCGUCCUCGUUUUCGU